AUGGCGACUGCCCAGGCAUCGCAUGCGACGUUCAGUGUGCGUCGCACAAGCCCCAGUGUCGGUUUCUCCUUCCGCCCUUCCCAAGCCGUCUCGGCCGUUCAGCUGGCGCUCGUGGCGCUGCUGGCGGUCGUUAUCACAGCCCAUAACGCGGCAGCUUCUAUCGUGUACAGCAGUGCGGGCGUGCAUGCUUCUAACGGGGUUCCCGUGCGGAGCCUCGGACGGUGGCGCGCGCAGGAAGGGGAGAUGGCGGCGGGAGGGCGCGCAUUGAUCAGCAGCAGCCGCAUCAGCAUCAGCGGCAACAGCGACAGCAUCAGCGGCGGUUUCGGCCCCGGAGGCAAACGCGGGGAGAUUCCCGAGUGGGCGCGGAGCGAGGUGUUGCGGUGGGAGGCGGCGCACGCGCGCGAGCUGGGGGAGGCGGAGGAUGAGGCGGAGCGGGCGAAGCGGGCGGCGCACGCGGAGAUGGCGCGCGCGCUGUGGGAGGAGACGGAGGCGCAGUUCGAGGGGCGGCUGCAGGAGUGGCGCAGGCAGAGCGCGCGCCUGCAGGGGGUGGCGCAGCGGAAGUCGGAGAAGCGCACCAGGCGCGCCAUGCGCGAGUGGGCGCGCGCGCAGGGAAAGGCGAGACGGGCGCACACACGGGCGGCGGGAGUGGCGGGAGCGGCGGGAGUGGCGGGAGUGGCGAGCCCGACAGACGAGGAGCUCAAGAGCAGCGACACGGCGGCCCCAACCCCGUGGGAGGAGAAUCGGCCGGCAGGAGAGGCUCCGUGCAGCCCCAGGAGCACCGGACCGGUGAUCAACGUCACCACUCUGGACCACAUUCUAUCGCGCACGCAGUACCCGUCGAACCAGACGGUCACGCUGGUGCUGCAGGCGUCCAUCACGCUCAACCACUCUCUAGUGCUCGACUCCAACUUCUCCUGCACCAUCUUCCAGGCUGAUACCCUCCCCAGCGAAUACGUUCUCGAGAUAACAACAGAUACAGAGCCCGUUCUGCAGGUGCACAAUGCGAGCAACAUGGUGUUCAUCGGGAUCAGUCUGAGGAGCCCAGUCAGAAACGGGUCGGCUUAUUGUGUGUCGCUGCCCGAGUAUGGGAAUCUGCUGGGGAACGACCUGCUGUGCCCGGCUCUGCUCAUCUACAGGUCGUACGGCAUUCAGUUCACGCAGGCGUCAGUGGUGGGGCGGAUAGACGUGUUCCGCUGCGCCUACACGAAGCUGGACUCGCUCUUUGCCACGGCGCCCUGGGACUUCCAGUACCACCCGGGGGUCAUCCGCAUGGGAAUGAGCGGCAUCGGCGUCAACCUCACCUCCUCUGAAAACAUAAUCUCGAAUAACGAUCUCUUUGGAGCGUGGGAGCUGAUUUAUCUGUACCGAGGGACGAUAGGCGCCACCGUUCGCAACAACUUCCUCCACGACUACCUCUUCUCAGGCUUCAGGUGCGGCGCGGACGUGCAUUUCGCGUUUGACUGUGCGCUGACGACAGUGAAGCACAACUUUGUCUUCUCCCCGCAGAAGAAGAACCUCACAGGCGACUCUGCUGGCAUCUACUUCUGCACGCACUGGUUCAGCCCUGGCAACAAGGUGAGCUGCAACUACGUGGUGGGCGGGGACCACUGCUACUACCUGGACUACUGCACGUCAGGCGUGGAGAUUGAGGGGGGCGUGUGCCUGCAGCUGUGGGACGGUGUGAAGCUGAACAACGGCAAGCGCAACCACAUCCGCAGCCUGCUCAUGGUCGCCUUGGGGCAGAGCCCCGGCUACAUCACGUGCUUCACUGUCACUGUGAACCACUGUCAAAAGGACCCAGGGUCCUACUGGGAGGCCAUGAGAAAGCUCCACUACGACACGCCUGAAAUCAACAAGGUGAGCAACCACAUCCGCAGCCUGCUCAUGGUCGCCCUGGGGCAGUCCCCCGGCUACAUCACGUGCUUCACGGUUACGGUGAAUCACUGCGGGAAGGAGCCGGGGAAGUACUGGGAGGCCAUGCGGAAGCUCUACUACGACACACCUGAGAUGAACGAGAGGAGGAACCACAUCCGCAGCCUGCUCAUGGUGGGGCUGGGGCAGUCCCCCGGCUACAUCACGUGCUUCACGGUUACGGUGAACCACUGCGGGAAGGAGCCGGGGAAGUACUGGGAGGCCAUGCGGAAGCUCUACUACGACACACCUGAGAUCAACAAGGUGAGGGUUAAUAAAACUCCUCUCCACCACCUCCCCACACCUCUCCACCUCUCUCCACCCAUCACCCAUUUCCACCCCUAUGCACCCCUCUUCACCCUUCUCCACACCUCUCCACCCCUCUCCACCCUUCAUCUCCACACCUCUCCACCCCUCUCCACCGCUCUUCACCCCUCUCCACUCAUCUCCACACAUCUCCACUGCUCUCCACUCAUCUCUACCCCUUUCCACCCAUCUCCACCGAUCUCCACCCCUCUGCAUCCCUCUUUACCCCACUCCACCGCUCUCCAUCCCUUGCCAAACCCGCAUCCCUUGUUCCUCCGCCAGGAAUGGCCGUGGAUGAAGCACGUGUGCCGCCAGACGCGCAUCGGCGCGUACAGCUGCAACCCGCCCGGGCCCGGCGCGCUCACUGCGCACGACACCGGCGCGUGCAGCGGAAUGGCGACGGAAAACGACGUCGAAUACAUCGUCGUCGAUCCGGACUCUCUCAGGGACGCGGAAUAUCGCUACUGCGAGAAAAACCCUGGCGCGGAUUAUUUGAACCGUCAGAUCGUCUUCAGGUACACCGGCGACGACAUGAAAUUCGCGGAUUAUGCAAAUCAGGAUUUCGCGGUGUCGGAGGGGUCGGUGGUGUUGGCAGAACACCCCGAUUUUGUUUCCUGCCCGAAGAAGGAUAUCGGGAUAAAGGCGGUCUCGGUACAAUCGUACUUCAAGGAUUGGAACCUUCCAGAGCCGCCGUUUUUCCAGGCUAUGCUGGACCUGCCUUACAAGAUGGUGUUCAAUAGUGAUCUUUUUUAG